UACUGUAUACACCAUGAUAUUAAUAAAUAAAAAGGUUUUUGCCGGAUUAUGCAAACAGCAGCGCCGCCAGCGAAUAUAUAACAAGGAAAUAUACCAUUACGGCUCGGUAAGCGAUACAUUAGCUCAGAAACAAACCAUCAUGGACAUGAACCAGAGCGCAACAGACCUAACGCUUGACGCACUAAAGAGCGUUGUCUCGCAAGCUCUUUUGGGCAAAUUCACAGCUGUUUUUCCUAAGCUUUUCAAGUGCCAAUGGAAGACGUAUGAAGGUCAGAAGAAGCUUUACGCGAAUUUCAGUGCAGACUCCGUUAAGAACAUGGCAAACCGUAGAUUUUGUGUGGGUGGCAACUGGAAGAUGAACGGCGACCAGAAGUCCAUUGCCGAGAUCUGUAAGGUUCUCAGCGAUGCCGCCCUGGAUGCCAAUACGGAGGUGGUCAUCGGCUGCCCGGCCAUUUAUCUGAUGUACGCCCGCAAUCUGCUGCCCUGCAACAUUGGUGUCGCCGGCCAGAAUGCCUACAAGGUCGCCAAGGGCGCCUUCACCGGUGAGAUUUCACCAGCCAUGUUGAAGGACAUUGGCGCCGAAUGGGUUAUCUUGGGCCACUCAGAGCGUCGUGCCAUCUUCAAGGAGACGGACGAGCUGAUUGCCGAGAAGGCGGAGCACGCCCUUGCCGAGGGCCUUAAGAUAAUUGCCUGCAUUGGCGAGACACUGGAGGAGCGCGAGGCGGGCAAAACCAACGAUGUGGUUGCACGCCAGAUGUGCGCCUAUGCCAAAAAGAUCAGAGACUGGACCAACGUGGUGGUGGCCUACGAGCCAGUCUGGGCCAUUGGCACCGGCAAGACAGCCACGCCCGAACAGGCCCAAGAGGUGCACGCCUAUCUCAGGAAGUGGCUGGAGGAAAACGUCUCCAAGGAGGUGUCUGCCAGUCUGCGCAUACAGUACGGCGGCUCUGUGACGGGUGCCAAUGCCAAGGAGCUGGCCAAGAAGCCCGACAUUGAUGGUUUCCUCGUAGGCGGCGCAUCCCUGAAGCCAGAGUUUGUAGACAUCAUCAACGCCCGCAAGUAAAUGCGGCCUGGACCGCACUUGCAGCAGCUCGCAAACUGCCCCCACAAAAACAAAAGUCGUAAAAAAAAAACAACAAAAAACCAAACUUAUUCGAUUAAUUAUGCAUUACGCAUAACUUCAAAGAACUGUUGUCAAUCGCUUCGAGAAACCUGAUGGCGCUGGAUGAUUAUAAUCGAAUGUAAUUCAAAAUUCCUUGUUCUCAAAAGUCGAUGUUUCCUUUUAAACGCUAA